AUGUCGGUGCUAGUUAACGGGAGUCCUACUAAGGAGUUUGUGGUUGAGAAAGGAUUGAGGCAAGGAGAUCUGUUAUCUCCUUUCCUUUUUGUUCUUGUGGCGGAAGGUCUCACGACUCUUGUGAAGAAAGCUACGUCUUUAGGGGAUUAUGAAGGCUUUAUCAUCAACGGUAAAUGCUCGGUGGACAUCCUUCAAUUUGCGAACGACACUUUAUUGAUAGGGGAGGGCAAUUGGAAACAAAUUUGGGCUAUUAAGACUGUGUUGAAGGCGUUUGAAUUGGUUUCCGGUCUUGGCAUUAAUUACCAUAAAAGCAAAUUGAUCGGCAUCAAUAUUGGCAAUAACUUGAUGGAAGCGGAAUCCUCUCUUUUAUCUUGUAAAGGUGGAAGGCAAAGUUUUUUCUUUUCUUGGCAUAAUUGUUGGAGCUAA